CUUGUUUACAUUGAAUGGUAUAUAUAAUGGCGGCCCAGUGGUGUGGUGCAUGGGGUUGUCUGGUGGGCGUUACUUACACUAUGUAGGUAGUACGGUUUGCGCGUGAUCAAUGAUUACAGGUAUGGACACCCCUACCGCCAAGGACAAGCAUAUACAAGCAGUCCUCCGCUCUAUCCUCAACCAUGAAGACAGCACCAGUCUCAGGAACUCAAUAGACAAGUGUUCCCCGGGAGCUCUGCAAACAUGGCGGGAUAGUAGUGACCUUGACCUUCUCCACCACGCUAUACUGACCAACAACGUGGUGGCAGUAGGUACGUUAUUCUCCAGGGGGCUGUUCAAGACGCCACACGAACCUAACCGUCACCCCUACCUCCACCUCGCGUGUCACCUUGGAUACAGGUCUCUCGUCAUCAUGCUGCUUCAGGAGAGAGCAGACGACAACAAGCCAGCACUAUUUGACUUUCCAGGAGUCAAAGGUCAAAAUGUGAAAGGUGUAGACACAGAUAGUGAUAAGAAAAAAAUGACGCCCCUAGACGUGGCGGCAGAGGCAUGCCAUCUCACGUGUGUGAAAGCCAUUUUGGAUUUCUGUCCGACAGGAAGUAAGCCAACCAACAAACAAAAAUCCGAGAGUUAUACAGAUCUUGCCUGUAAACUGGACUCUCCCAGUGCCCUUCGCUUACUUCUGUGCGAGAACCCCUCUCAAGCCGAUCUGCAAAAAGCAGUCGCCCUUGCCCUGAAGAUGGCGCGACCCGAAUGCCUGGACGCAUUGCUUCGUUAUGACAUCGAUCAAAAGGUUGUGUUUGGCGGGAUGAAUUUCUUUCAUGUACUGUUCACAUAUAGCUAUUCAUUUGACAAGUCAUGGUACGAAUCUCUCGUGACAGUGACGUCAGUAUUGUUGCGUCAUGGGCACGCGAUCCACGCGUUUUAUCCCUCCAGGACAUUUCCUCUGUACAGCUUGCUGAGUCGCACCCACUUCCAUGACCUCGAACGAUCAGCACCCUAUCGAAUCGCUUGUCUGCUGCUACUAUUAAAUGCUGGAGCGGAUCCUAAUUUUGAUGAAAUGAAAGUAGAGGAGCUUGUCAAUGAAAAUGAGUAUGAAACUGCCUUUGGUAGAAAGGCCUACUCAUCUGCGCUUCACAGUCUGUUUGACACUAUGUCUGCGUACGUUACUGACGACUGUGACUCGGACACCGUCUGCAUGUUUAUGUAUAAAAGUACAGACAUCCUCCUGAAUCACGGGGCAGACGUGAACUACGUUGGGAAGACUGGGAAGGAGCGUUACGGCUCCAGUCUCCACGCCCUGGCGGACACAAGCAGACAUCUUGGCAUCCACAAGCAGACGCUGCUUCUGCUCCUACGGCAUGGCGCCGAUCCGAACAUACACGCGGACUGCUUGCCGUUGAGUUACUUCUGUGAAGUUCUUUAUGGUGACGUCACGACCUUGACCGAAGACAUGACCGUUCAGGAACUAGGCGACUACAGACGACUGGGGCCGUUACUGAAAGGGAUGACUCUGACAUCUCUACAGGAAACUGAGAAAUAUAUCAGACAGCUAAAAGAUGACACAGAGAUGAAUUCUCGUGGGAGCUCCUGUUUGGGCGUGGUGCUGGAGGAGGUAGAGACUUAUACAAGGAAUGUAUGGAGCCUGAAGAGGCUCUGUAUGCAAAUAAUAUGGGCUAACGCUGGCAGGAAGUUCAAAAACGUAGGUUGUCUCCCCUUGCCAUUAGUUUUGAAAACUGAAAUACUCGCGGAGAUGAUGUGAAUGUAAUUAACAUGUGUUUUCAUGUAAUAUGACCCAUUUUAAGAGUUCUGUUUACACCUGACUUCCUGAAGGUUGGUAGUAUCGUGGUCAGUCACGGUCUGUCGGGUUUUAGACUUAACACGACCAUGACGAAAUUAGCAACCUGCCGGGGUGUAUUCCCCUACAAGAGGUGCGGUAUUGCCACGUAUAUACAAUAUACGUGUUGCAGGGGUAGUUCAUGAUGAAAAAUGAGAAGCUGCGGUUGUGUUUGUUGAGGUGACAUUUAUUCCAUGAUUUAUCAAUCACUUCCUGACCACCCUUCAAUAAAAUGGACCAACCGCUUGAACUCUU